GUUCCGUGCAGCUGCAGGUACAAGGGGGCUUCCCUGUCAUCGAGGGCAAUGUGGUAGCAUGGAGUCAAAGGAAACAACCAAUUUCAACGCAGAUACAGGCUCGGCCACGAAACGAUAGGUAGUCCACCCUGUAUCAGCUUGAUAUUUCGUAUUCAAGCCUGAGGUCAGUGAGCCAUACCUUGUCUGUAUUCAUGUAUAUAAAUCAGUACGGCCUAGGCGGUUCCGCCCGUCCAACAACACCCCCGACGCUGUCUCUUAUCUAGAGUGUGCUCUGACUAUUCGGCAAGCUGCCAGUUUACUAUCGCUAUGGCAUCAUCAGGACCGCAAAAAGAUGAAAAAUCCAAGCUGGAUGAAAAGAGCUUACGGCAGAACGGUAUUGACUACUUUAUCAAAUGGGAGACUAUGGGUCCUGCCCCCAACCACAUCAGCACACUCUGCGAAACACUCACCGACAUUAGUUGCGCGUUAUCAGCGAGGUUUGUCGAUGACUGCACCGGUAGAAUGGUCAUCAGGACAGACUUGGAGGAAUUCAGAGAGGACAUCGAAAAACGGCUGGAACGAUACCGAAGCAUAGCAAAAGCUGCAGAACGUCUUCAUGGUAAUCAAUCGGACGAGAACGGGUGGAGGAACCACUACAAAACCAACUUUCUAGAACCUCUUCACCGUAGACAUGAGCUGGGUCGUCAUGACUCAAGACUCACUUCUCGAACUAAGUUCUACUAUGAUUAUUUUCAGAGGCGAGAGGACAUAAUGUGGACAUUAUUCCAUCGAGAAGGACCAUACCACGAGCGCCGCCAGAAUCUCAAAUACCCGAAACCGGACUGGGUGGCUCACUUCCCAAUAUGCGAUUUAGAGAACCCGACAGCAUCGGGGUUCGCCCAGAAACCCUUGUGGGAUUGGUCGAGCAGCAAGAACGGGAAAAUGGUCCACGAGUUCGAUGGCCAAGACCUCCAGAGGCUCACUGACUUCGGACUCCAAUGUCACGUCGCCAGGGCGUUGCAAGGGAAGAAGAACGCUGGGAAUAUGGACCCGGACAAGAUGUUCUCGUUUCCGUGGUUCAUUGUCGAGUUCAAGAGAACCAGGGGCGAAGCUAAGUACUGUUACUGCCAGGUUGCCAAUGGAGCAGCCUGUACCCUUCUUAUGUUUGAGACGCUGAGUCGAUACGCAGACAAGGAACAUGAGCAAGCCCAGAUCCCUCCUAUUAUCACCAUGACAGCCGUGGGUAAAGACGUCAAGCUUUGGAUAGGGUAUGCGGGGCCAGAUGAGGAACCUAGAGCUGCGGGUGCGAAAAAGUCAGAUAAGGAUCCUAAUUGGUUUCACUCUCGGUGCUUCUGGACGGGUGAUAUGACAAAGGUCAAAGAUGCUAUGGACCUCGAGGCACUGCUCGAAAAUGUUUACACAUGGGCGAUGCGCGUCCUAAGACCGCGCAUCGUUCAAUAUCUGAAACAGUGGAGAACACAAAUGGAGCGGAAUACCCAUACGCCGUUGCCUCGACCGCGGCCUAAGAAAGGGGACGACGUCCUUGAGUACGUGCGGUAUGGAUUCGAGGAGACAGACGCAAGACUCCGGAACAUCAUGGUCGCUUUUCAGGAUGACACGCUGGAAAAGAUGAGGGAGAUGCUGUCAGAUCACCUAGCCAGCGUCAAAUCACUAAUCCAGAAGGACGCAUGAUUGCAGACAGGCACCUCGUCACAGAUGGGCGCAGCGACCCAGUCAGAUCCUUCUUCCAUCGACGCAGCAACCCAGGUAAAAAUAUCGUCCAAGACAAAUUCACCACCAUAUAUUACAACGCAGUUUAUCGGAGAGCCGACUUCAAAGGUCAGCAAUGUUGAGUUCGACUUCAGAUUUAAAGAGUA